AUGAGCUGCACAAGCACCAGGGUAGAGGAUGCAAUGGACAAGGUGAAAGGAGGGAUGAGUGACUUGGAUGUGAAAAUGGAGGACCUCAGGGCAGCUCUGGAGCAGGAGAUUGAAGAUAUCAACAGGGGGAGGGAAAAGCUCGAGCAGGACAGACUGCGGUUCGCUGAGGAGUCGAAACGAAUCCACAAGGUCAUGAAUGAGUCUGAACAAGUGAGACUCAAUGUGGGUGGCAAGCAAUUCACAACAACGUUGACAACCCUCCGAAACGCCCCAUCGCCAUCUCUCUUCAAUGCCAUGUUCAGUGGAAGACAUGAUCUCAAGCCCGACAAGAACGGAUGCUACUUCAUUGACAGGGAUGGAAGGCAUUUUCAUGACAUUUUAAACUAUUUGCGCGACGGUUCGUUCUUGUGCCCAAAGGAGACUGUUGACUUCAAAUAUCUCCUGGAGCUCAAGUCAGAGGCAGAGUACUAUGGGCUUUGUGGCUUGGUUGCGAAGAUUGACAGGUAUCCAUACGCCAUGACGCGCGUAGUGCGCGCUGCUCAGCUUAACACAACGGACAGCUGGAUGUAUGAAGAUGGACAAGACGAGAUUGUGUUUUCAGUGGACAGAGAGUGCCAGCUUCUGGGGGCAGGGCUGUGUGGCACGGAGGGAGGUUUUACCGUUGAGCUGGAGCUCCUGGAAGUUGCUCAUGACGACUUCAGCGCAGAGGUCACCAGCAUCACCGAUGUCGCACAGUCUUUUACAAAGGCUGACGGCUCCUUGCUGAGAAUGUUUUUUGAUGGACCGGCCAAGCUACUUCCUGGAAAGUUCUACAUGCUCAGUGCACUGAUAAAGGGCUCUGAGUCGAGCUGCUGCGAGGACUGCAUGGAUUCGGUGGUGGCUUCUGGUGUGAGGGUCACAUUCCAUGUCUGGGAAUCCCCCAAUGGAACGAACGAGCUGCGGGGACAGUUUCCUGAGCUGUAUGUGCGUGUCCUGAAUUGA